AUGCCGCCAAGACGAAUGCAACUCUGCACAUUCUGCAAGAAGCACGCAAUUCGCAUCGGCAUCAAAAAUCAUAUCCGCAACUGUCCAUACAAGACCUGCAGAUGUAAAUGCUGCGAGGAAACUCGAAUUUGUCAGCGAUUUAAUCGAGCGAAUACAAAAAACAGCCGAAAACCCGUUGGAGAACGAACUUUAACUUUGCCGCCGGAACUGAUUGAGCUGCUCGGAUUUGAGAAGAGAAUUUUGGAUGUCAUGAAGGAAAUUCGAGGAUUUUGUGGACGGAAUGAUACAAAGUUUGGUGAGGUUAUGUUCAAGUGGAUUGAAAAAGGUUUUGAAAUAACAAAUCGCAUGCAAAUGCUAAAUCCAACUGGCCACAACAAUAAUGAUCCAAAUAGCAUUCAAAAGCACUCAAAUAUUCCUUCUGGAUUGUCAAUUGAACCGGUCAUGACAAUAAAUGGAUAUAAUGGAUAUCAUCAAAGUGAAAAUUGCACUUUUAUUUCACAAAAUGGCUGUGUUGAUGAAAAUUUUUAUGACCACAUAAAUGGAUAUGAGAUGAAAAGUUAUGGAUAUGGUGUGGAGCAACAGAUGAAUCGAGGCAGAGUUCCAGAAAUGAUUCUAAAUGAUGCCUCGAGCUCACCAAAAUCUGAGCAUUAUCCACAGCAAGACUAUUCUCAAUCAAUUGCAGCUUGUGCACCACUGAGAUGCUCAACAAUUAAUGGAUGUCAUUUAGAUGAAUUGAAAUCAUUUAGUGACAAUUUCAAUGUUGUCGACACAAAUUUCAAGAAACAACUGCCAUCAUCAUCGAGCUCAUCAGGAUCGCCUCGAUUGCCAAACUUUUAUCAAACUUUUGAAAAUAAAUAAGAAUAAAAUGUUUAAAUUGUUGAUUCCUUUUGUGCCUUGGACAGAAUUGUGAA